AAAUAGUCAUCAAUAAAUGUUUCAUGCCUCCACCUAACUUGAACCAAAAAUGGAUGUCAAGAAGAGAUGAUUUGUAGUUUGGUGAUUGUUGUGUUGUUGUCUGCUGACCGGUGCGAUUCACGCUACAAGAUGGUGCACUCUGAGCUUGUGUGAUCUCGGAAUUUUUUGUUUAUUAGCUUUGUUGGCCUUGUUUAUUACAGCCUAUUUAACUAAUUUAUGUAAAUAAUUUCAUACUUAAAGUGAUACUCUAUGUAUCCCGAAACGCUGAAACUUGUUACUGAUGUAGUAGAGACGUUUAAAAUAGCUAAAGUAUUUAGUGAAAAUUCUGAUCGUAUAAAUAGUAUUGAUUUUUCUUUGGACGGUAAAACAUUAAUUUCUAGCAGUGAUGAUGAUUCAAUUGUGAUAUAUGACUGUGAAAAAGGAGUAUACAAUCCGAUAUUUGUCGCUUCAUGAUAAUAAAUACAUCAGAUAUUUUACUGGGCAUGUUAAGAAGGUUGCAUCCUUGUCUAUGUCUCCUGUGGAUGAUUCUCUUCUCUCAGCAUCUUUAGAUAAAACUGUGAGACUCUGGGAUCUUAAAUCUCCCAAUUGCCAGGGAUUAAUUGCCACUACAGGAAAACCUGUAGCUUGUUUUGAUCCAGAGGGUUUGAGUUUUGCAAUUGCCGACAAUCUAGAAGGAAUCAAAUUGUAUGAUAUUAGAUCAUUUGAUAAGGGACCAUUUAGCACCUUUUUUACUCCUAAGGAUAAAAAGGACUCUGACUGGAUGAGUAUAAAAUAUAGCCCUAAUGGCAAAACGUUGCUACUCUGUUCCAGUGGAUCUGAUAUUCAUCUUUUAGAUGCUUACCAAGGAACAUUGAUACAAACAUUUUCUGAACGAUCUAAUAGUAAAGGCAUUCCACUUGAGGUUUCCUUCUCCCCAGACUCGCAGUUUAUCUUUACAGGUUCUACUGAAGGUACAAUUUAUGUAUGGAAUGCAGAUUCUGGCAUGCGAACAGCAAUAUUGCAGACUGGAAGGACUUCCCCUAUACACUGUGUCCAGUUUAAUCCAAAAUACAUGUUGCUCGUUUCUACUACUUCUAAAAUGGCAUUUUGGCUACCAGUGUACAAUGAGUUGUGAUAUCAUGGAUAAUUUUUACAAAAGGGAAGAAAGAAUUCAUUUGUCUCACUAUUCAUUUUAAAUACACUGUGAUAAUGAUCUUAUAACCACUAUGUAAUAUUCUUAGUCAUAUACUAUGUUAUCAAAGUGAAAUUUAGGUGCGUUUUUUUCCCCUUAGAAUUGUGAGAUGUAUGUAUGAUGUAGUCUAUGUAUUGUGUUAAAGGAAUUUAAACCAAAGGAUAUUUGUUAUCUAUCAAUGUAUGGAACUUUUUUUGUCACUAUAUUAUAACCUGUCAACAAUCAACUCAUUGAUACAUGCAUUCUGAAUGAAAAUCUCAACUUCAUAGUGCCUAUUAAUCGAGCUAUUUCAUGAUUACUUGAUUAUUAGAGCAGCUUACGGUGCUGUUUUGUAUGAAGUCAAAAUAAUUGUUUCUUUGACUUGAUUCGCACAACUUUCAACUAUUUACAAUUAAGGAUUCUCACGGGUAAGGCAGCUUGAAAGUUUUAAUCUCAAUAAAUAUUAAGAUAAAAAUAAUAACUGUAAAAAAGUUUAAAUUUAUAAUUUAAAAGAUUAAUUUUAAUUUAUUGUUCAUAAGUACAAAAGAAUCUCUCAAAAAUUAGUGAAAAAUUAAAAAAAAAAAAAAAAAAUUCUGUUACAAAAUCUUUUUUGAACCAAUGUGUAUUUUCAUUUUCUGUAUGUUUCUAUUGAUGCAGUUUUAAUGCAAGGUUUAUAACUUUAAUGUGUCCAAAUAUCUUCAUUAAUUGAAAACUGUAGUUUCUGAGAAUUACUUUGACAGAAAUUAGCCUGAUACUCUUGGAAAGCAUAUACAUUCAAACUUCAUUCAUGUGAACAGGCUUAACGAGAAAUAUCUUUUAAGGUUGAGUAUAUCUUUUCAGAACCAUAGGGUGCAGAAUAUCUAAGGUUGAAUCUAUUUUUUGACUUAUUUUUUGUUUUGUACCUCAAAUACACCAUCCUUACAUUGUUCAUUAAAAAAUUAUGCACUUGCAGUUAAGAAAUGAAAACAGAGGACGAAAAUUAAUAAUAGUAUUUCUUCAUUCAUUGAAAUAAACGGAUUUACUUUUAUUUGUUUGUGUGAAUUAAAAACUGGAGAAAAUAUAGAAACUAGAAUUCUUAAACUUUAUCUAGACACUAAUACAAAAUACCACAAAUAUAUUUUGUUUCUUUCCACUAUAUAGUUAAUAAUCUUUAUAAUUUCCAAAUUAAUUAAUUGUAUUUCUUAUGAAAUUAUAGAUGACUUAGUAUUAGGUUAAAGAUAUAACUUUUUUUGUAGGCGUAAAGUAGUAUGUAUAGUUAACAUAAUAUAUCUUUGUAUUUUGCAGUUUUCGUAAAAAUACUGUUAAAAUCAUAAUGUGAACUUACUUUGUUUCCCUUCUAAUUCAUGUUAAUGAAGUCCUCUUGUGUAUGCUACCAUAAAAAAUAUAACUAAAAAUUUACUUAUUAAUAAGUGUUUAUUUCUGCUUUAAUUCAACCAAACAUCUUAUUUGAGUUAGGUAUUUAAUUUUUUCGUCCUUUCUUCAUAAAUUUACCAUAUAGGGGAUAUCUGUCUAUAGUUAUUUUAUUAUCUCGUAUUCUUUAAUUUGUGUGAAUAUAUCUUAGUUCUGAUCUAAUGAAGUUAAAUUUAAAACUUAGCAGUCUCUUAUAAAUAUUAUUUUUUGAACUAAGGACUAAUAUUGAGAAAAAAAAAUUAAUAACCCUCAGUAUUUCAACAUUCUAGGUAAAAAUAUUGUUAUGCCUAAUUACUUUAUACAAUAUGGAAGAAUAUAAUUAAACCUUUAAAAUAUAACUAAGCAGUAUUAUUGUUUCUGCAGAAUAUAAUAAAUUUGCGUUCACAAACUUUUUUCAAAAUAAGCAAAAAUAUCUCCCUUUCAAGUCAAAUUACGUAUCUUAAAAAAAUAUAAAUUUUACGUUUAAGUUUUUUAGUAAUUUGUUGGCAAUUUUUAUUUUUGACUUAACAAGAAUAAAUCAUUCUAUAAAUUGCUCAUGAUAAGUUGUCUAGUCUUCCCUAUAAAAUAUUUUUGAAAAACUAAUGAAUUUUCAGGUUAAAUAUCAUAAUUACUUAUAAAUAUUUUAUUAUAAAGGGAUUGUUUUGUAAAUAAUUACAUAAAACAAUGAAAAUGUCAUUUCUACUAAGUUUAAUAUAAAUUAUCAAGACAUAUCUAAGAUAGAAUAGAUUGGAGUUUCUUCAAUCCUCUGCAUUAAAUCUCUGAAUCAAAGUUUAUAGUUUUAUUUUUAUUUUGUUUGUACCCUAUUAUACCUAUUGAAUAACAUAGGUAGAAUGUUCUUACUGCAUCAAAGUAACCAGCUUAUGAUGUGGAAGAAAGGAAAUAAAGAUCAAGGUUUAACUAGCUUUAAAUUAUAGUUAAAAGAGAAAAUUAUAAUGCUGCAGUAUUAUUUUAAGGACAUGUAGUUAGAACCAUAAGACUUAGCACAUGGUGUAAAUUACUGGCGCUAUGGUUGAGUAUUAAUUUUCUUUAAUGUAACCGAGUGUAGCCAUUAGAUGUUUCUCUACCAUUCGUGUUCAUAGACCAUUUCAUUGAAAGUCUUAACCACCAAAUAACAGUACUUAAUCAGUGCCAAAUUUCUUUGAGCCUUUUUAAGUUGUGCAAUUUCAUUAAGACAUUGCCUACUUUGCUCUUAAGUUUUUAAUUGAAUAUUUUAAAGAACAUUUCAUUUUGUUGUAAAAAGAUAAAUGUAAGUUAUUCUUUUUACACCAAAGGCAUUGAAUGGUGAUUUGUACAGGAUGUCUGAAAAAUAUGGAAACUGUCAAAUGCAUACCUCAAGAAAUAUGCAUCAGAUCAAAAAUCUUAAGGUGUCAAGUAUCUUCAAAUGAUCUACUCAAUGCUAUAGAAAUCAAUCCAAUCUGCAUCUCCUGAGAGUAUGGGCAACUCCUAAUUCUUGAAUUAAAUCCCCUUCCCAUUUUAUCAUUACAGAUUCGUGGUCUUCUGGGAAGAAAAUUGUCUUAAGUUUUUAAUUUUUUCUCUUAGACGGUGCUUAAAAUGGAUAUAUUUUCAGAAAUGCACUACUGGUAGGGCAGGACAAAAUAGACAGAUUUGAUGUUUAAAAUGAAGAAAAAAUCUGGCUAGUGACACGAAACUUUACCUCCAUCCUUUGCAGAAAGGAAGGAAGGGCUUGAAUUUGAAGCAAAGUAGUUUUAUCAUUUAAUCUUUUUUAAUGUUGUAUCAUUGUUUUGUUGUUAAAAUCCAAAAAUCGUCAUUUAGAAAUCAGAUUUUGUUUUUCUAUGCAAAAUCCAAGUAUGCAAUAAAUUUGGCAAUUCUAUUGAUUUGGUAUUAAUCAAUGAAUUUAAAAAAAUAUAUAUCAACCGCAUUCAUUUUUAUUUUUGUUGAUUACAACAUCGUCUGCUAAACAGAUCUGUAAGACCAAAACUUAAAUAAUUAAAAAUCAGUGUAGCAUUUCUCACUUUAAUGGCCAAAAAUUAUGUGGGCAUGAAUCUUCCCACAUAAUUUUUGAAUGAUACUUUCAUAUUAUAUCUUGUAUUAUUACAUUUAAACUCUGAGCAUGUGGGCCUGGAAAAGCACUUAUUUCACCUGAAGAAGUAUUUGACAUGCUUGUUAUAGUUUUAACCCAUGGUGCUUUCUCAAAUAUUUGACAGUUCCCAUACUUUUUGAACACCCAUUAUAAUUUUUAUCACUGAAAAGAUAAGGAUUUGUUUUUAAUGGAAAAUAAUAUAAAAUUCAUUGUCAAACAAAGUAAGUUAUUUUAUUGCAUAGCAAUUACCGUGUCAGAAAUUUGUGUAUAAUGUGUUAUGUACUGUUGCAUAGGAAAUGAAUUGGUCUCUUUUUUGUGAUAAGAAUAUUUUGUUACUUAUGUGCUUUUAAUUUAAUGAAUUGUUCAUUUUGAGAAUUUUUGCUAUCUUAUUUUUUAUGCUUACUUAUCCACAGCCGUAUACUAAUAUCUUUAAUAAUUGCCUUAAUAAUUUAAUUUAAUAAUAAUUGCUUUAUAAUAGCUGAAAUCCAAUUUAAAAAUUUUUUCUUUCAUUGAUUUGAUUUGAUGCUAAUUUUUUUGUGAAACUUUUGAGCUUACACAAAAUUUAUGGCUAAAUGUUUGUUGUUACAUAAGCUUUGAAAUGUUGCAAUUACCAUUGUAUGUUUAUAAAUGUAUGUUAUUCAAGAUUUCGUAUGUUUCUUGAGCCUGCCAGCAUUUGAAUUGAGCUUUCCAACUUAUACUCUAUACUCUUAGUGAUUUAGCUGUACUUUGUUCUGUUCUUUCACAAUGAGCUUCCCUUCCCUAAUCUGUUGAUAUUUUAGGAGCAUGAAUUAUUGUCUCAUGUGUUUGUUAAUGAGAUGAUAGAUAUGUUUCCAAGCAUACAGUCCACAAAGAAUAAUAAAUCAUAAUCGGUGCUAAUAUAGCAUGUUAAAUAUACUAUGUAUUAAUGUGUAUAUGUAUGUCUAGUUCAUUCUUCUGGUGAAUUUUAAAGAAGAAUCUGACAGUUUUUCAGGGAUGAAAUUAAGUUCUGUGACCCCUAAAUCCCCUAAUCAAAAAAAUUGAAGCUAUUAAAUAAAUAUCAUCCCUGUGUAUUUCUUACCUCAAAUGUAUUGAUUCAGUAAACUCUUUGUUUUCUGUCACAGUAAUCAUGGUUUCAUCGAAAUGUGAGCAACUUUUUUAUUGCAUAUGAAUAAUUCAAAUUUUGUUAAUGAAUGGAGUGUGAGAAUUAUCUUUACAACUUCUACUUUAAUUAUUCUUGGUAAAAAAUUGACUUCUGGAGUUUAGAAUCCUUAUCCUUUGGUAAUUUCUUUUUAAAAUAUGAUUUUUGCCUAUUUAUGCAUCUAAUAGUCUUUGUUUGUUAGGUUAGCUUAUAGCUGAUAAAACCAAUGGACCAGAAAAACAAGCUUUAGCGUGCUAAAAGUCUUAUUUAAAAUGUUAAGUAAACUUACUGUAAGAACUUUUUUCUUCUCUUUUUAACAUGGUUUUGCAUGAAAACUUAUUGUUUCUAUAUUUAUAUUUUAUCUUCGGUGAUCGGCAAUCUUUUUAGAAAUUAAUUAAGGAAAAUAGUGUAAAACAUACAAAAAAGAGAAUUCCAAAGUUAAAUAUCAAAACAAAUUGUUUUUAAGUCUGCCUCCAGAGGAUAGUUUUUGUUCUUCAAUAUUUUAACUGUAAUCAGUAACGUUAAAGACGGAAAGUUUGUUUAGCAUUGACUAGCAUUGGGUGUUAUGAAAAUUUAAUAUCGCUAAUUAUUGUUUGAAGAACUGGUGUUUUACUUUUAUGCGUUGUAAAUUUUAAUCGUGAUAAUAUAGCGUGAUAUUUAAUAUCGUGAGAGUAUUAAGUAGGAUUAUGGCAAUAGUUGAAACUAUCGAGAUUUCGUGAUAUAGUGUUCAGCUUUACUUUCACAUUAAUGUUAUUUCAGUAUAUUUUGUUCUGAUUGGCCAUUUAACUGCAUAGUUAUUGUUAGAAAAAUAAGUUUCUACUACUUUAGAUUUCCCAAGUAUAAAAUUAAAAUUUUAAAGUUAAAUCAGUUUGUACACUGUAUUAAGUGACGGGAAAUUAAUAGUUUACUGUAAAUUAUGAACCUAAGUUAACUAGUGUUUUGUAAAGAGAUAUUCUUAAAAAGCUACCUCUUUUUCAUAACUAUGUCAUAGUUAUCAGAAAUAUCUUGAAGGCUUUAAAGGCAUACAAUUUAGUAUGCUUUAUUAUUAUGUGACCUAUGUAUACUUUGUCCCACUGAAGGUCAUGUGACCUUAGUAGUUGAUAUGUUCCUUUUGAAGACUGUUUAUGUAAUAGAUGUUGAUGUAUUUGCUAUAAGCACAAAUGUGUUAUAUAGCUCAAUAUAAUAUAUUUCAAUUCUUGUGGGGUGAAAUAUUAAGUAAAACAUUGUCAUUUUUCAGCUUGUCUGAUAAAUUAUUGCUUAUCUAUCUAUUCUGUGAUGUUUUGCUUUUGUUGAAUUUAUCUCUUUCUGUAAGUUAAUUUUACAAAAAUAAUUUUCUUUGCUUUGUAUUCCAAGAGUAAAGCACAUUUAAUUUUUUUUUAAACAUUAAAUAUAUAUUUUUUGAUUAAUCAUUGCUGUAUAAUAUUGUUCUUAUGCAUGUAGUUUUGACUUCAUAGUUAAAAUUUAGUUUAUUAGUACUUAGGUGUAUAUUAUUGUAUCGUCUGUGUAUACUAUUGAAACAUUUCUUGGAAGUUUCAAAAUAAAAUUUAUAAUUUUACUAA